AUGGACCUGGUGGUCAAACUCUCAUGCGAACAGAAUGGAGUGGAUGGAAUACUGUUUGGUAGGCUCCAUAGUCGGUCCAAGGGGCUGCAUUUUCAGAAGAGUGCACCACCUCAUUUGUCCAAGUUGAGUGGGAUGCAUGCCCAACCUGUGAAGCGGCUCCACAAAAGCGAUAUUGAGCUGGAGUAUUCACCGGUUGAGCUGCACGAUGAUACAGACGUUGUCCAACGAUGUCAGUCCAGUUUAGCCAUGCGUUCUUGGCAGCCGUCAGCGAGGGGCGCUGGCGAGGAUUUUGAACUAGUUAGUCGCCGCGGACUCGCAUCGCUGAAUUUAGGGUGUUGCUGCUCCAACCCUACCACUUUCGACGCCAAAACAGCGAACCUACGACUCCAGUCACUCGGUGCCAAUACUUCGCAAGCUUCGCCGGCCGCCUCCCAACUUGUCGUCGAACUCGCUGCGCUUGCUUUUUCACCACUGACGCAGCGCCGUCUUAGCCUUGUUCCGACAUCUUCUCGUGUGUUCCUCGACCUCGCCAAACCAUCACCUCGACACCAUGCCCAUGCGAUACGCGUGUGGUCGGCCGUUCAUCAUCUGAACAGCUCCGCCCCACCAGCCCGCCUGUGGAGGCAAGUGAAAGUGAACAUUGUUAGGCGGGGCGCUGUUGUUCUUCCACCCAACACCGUCAACACGGCGGCCAACAUGGUUAAACCGGACCCUGCGCGUAAUUACUACGCCGACCUAGAGAUUUCCGCAAACGCAGACGAGAACGAGAUUCGCAAAGCUUUUCGCCAGCUCGCACUCAAAUUCCACCCCGAUCGCAAUCCCGGCCGCGAGGCAGAGUUCGUGACCAAGUUUCAGCAGAUCCAGGCUGCGCAUGAGGUCCUGAGCGAUCCGCAACUGCGCCUGAAGUACGACAACGAGCGGAGGAAAUAUCGGAACCUGCACAUCCCAUCAUACAAUCCGAAUUCCCCUCGGACCCGACCGCCACCUCCUCCCCGCAAUGCCUAUACUACCACAACCUCGAGCGGUUCUUACUAUCGUCCUCCUCCUCCGAAUCCCUCAAAGCCCCCCCCACAACAUCCCCCACCCCCGCAGCACCAUACAACCUUCUCAAGUGGCGCGGAGCGUUUCACCAGCAGCAACUUCCGGGCUCCACCGACUGCACAGCGGCCAAGCCAGCGGCAGACCGAUGCGCAGGCACGGGCGCAUGUCUUCACCGCAUGGCAGAAGAUGAAGCAGCCCCGAGGUGAGGAGGAGCGGCCAGCGAAUAACCCAAACAACCCUAAUGGUGCACCAUUUGGACGGACCCAGAGCACAAGAACGCCAUCCAGGAAGGGCUUUGAUCCGGCAGCUGCAACAGGAGAUGAGAAACAAGCACGAUCAUCAUAUCGUUCCCAUUACGAACGCCCCGUGCCCUCUCCUCCGCAGAGUGGAGACCCAUUGAAGCACUUCAAGGAGCAGAUGGAGGGGGAUGUGCCAUUUGCCGAGGCCAAUCGAGUGCGAACCCCGUAUUCCAGUACGAAGGGAGAACGUACUUCUAUGUUCGGAGAAGGAAUAGGGAGGUCAGCCAGCGUGCGUAAUUCGCCGAUGGGAAGACCUGCAACCUCGGAGAGUGGGGGAUUUUAUUCGGAUUCUGGACGACGCCCUCAGAGGAAGUCAUACGGCGGCAAUGCUACGGAGCCUUUUGUAAACAUGUACCCCUCUUCGACAAGCGACGACGAGUCUAAUUCUGACGAGAUUCCAAAGGCUUCUUUCCAGGCGAAUCGGAAUAAAGCAACGCCACCCAAGAUGCCGCUAAAUCAGCAGCAAACCCAGAAUCAAGGAUCUCCCAGAGGCCCCUUUCAACCACCCCCAGUGAAUGGUCAUAGCAACAACACUACUGAGGCUACGCCCAAUCCCUUCAAGAGCAGGAGUGAGGAGAGCAUCAACAUGAAGUUCUCGCCGUCAGAUUGGCAUGGGAAGUUCCAGGGCGCGCCUGACUACUUUGCCCCGAACAUGGCAAAGGGUACAUUCGGCAAAGGACGGACGUCUCCAACUCGUGGAAGGUCUAGUCAUCGAACUGCCUCAGAGAAAGUACCUACUUCAGGCCAGUCACAGCCGCCUCCUCCACCAACUCCGUUCACCGAGGAUUUACGUGGGAUGCCACCUCCCCCUCCACCUCCUAUUCCUAUGAACAAUAACGUUCCCUCUGGAUCUGCGUCUGCGCCUCAUCCCGCCAAAUUUGCCCCAGAGCAGUGGGCAAAUACAUUUAAGGAAUCAGGCUGGGCAUAUCCAGCGCCAAAAAAAGAUACUUCACCUCGUCGCGGUUCUGUCACUGCAGCGAAGCGGAAACCGCCUUCUCGCAAGGCCUCCACAGCGCCGAAUGGCACUCCAAUCAUCGACCUUCCUGGAGGCUCAGCCAGCUCAAAUACGUCGAGUGGCACACCUAGGAGCAAGAGCGCGCGUUCCUCGAAGCAAGCGUCCGUGGAAGAGGAGAAUGGCGAUGCUAUGGACAUAGAUUCAAGCACGCCACCCGUUGAGAAACCGAAACCUCUCGCACCUGAAGGCGGUCGUGGACGUGCUGCAACCGAGCCUUCUGCACCACCAAAAGCUCGAGCAGCGUCCGAGUCUGGCACGACGUCUCCAACCUUUGAUGGGUUAGCCGGUAUAGCGAAUGUUGAGCCGUUCCUGCCAUCCACAAAAGUUAACGGAGAAGCGUUGGAUGGCCUGGGAGACCUGAAAUCAACUCUCCCAUUCGAAUCUCGAGCUUCAUCCAUCCCCGCCACAAAAGCCAACAAAGCCACCCGUCUCCAAACCCCCCGCGUCCCCGAAGCUCCACACCCACCCGAUACGCUCGAUGCAUCCGCCCUCACCACUUACCUCAACAAGAUGGAAAAAUAUGUCAAAGCUUUCAACAAAUACAACCAAGUCAUGAUCGAGCAUUUCGUUGCCCGCCAAGUCGAAGCCCGCCAGCUCCCCGAACACUUCAUUAACCGCCGCGGCGAACCCAGUAACAAACCCGGCCUGGAGAGCUGUACGAGGUGGGCGAAACAAGACGCCGAGGUCCUGCAGACGUGGAGCAACUCACAGGUAAUGCAUUCAUUGGCGCUUGAGAAGUGUAAGGAGGUAAGGGCGAAGGCGUUGGAUCGAUUUGUUAAGGAGUAA